GGAGGUGGCGGCGGCUCCUGUGCAUCGGUGCCGGGGCUGAAGCAGCCGAGAGGAACAGGCACAGGCUCACAGCAGCACCAACGGAGCCGAAUCCUUCGGGGGUUUGCCGUGCAACUGUUGGGAGAAGUGGCUGUGCCCGGGGAGCGACUCAGCGCAAGGUAAUUUUCUAAUGGACCAAUGAAAGCCAACGAUGACAAGUUGUGGUCAACAGUCCCUGAAUGUGCUGAUGGUUCUGCUCUCCUUACUCUUGUCAGCAGUGUUGUCUGCACAUUUUCGGGUCUGCGAGCCCUACACGGACUACAAAGGUCGCUACCACUUUGGGUUCCACUGCCCCCGGCUCUCUGACAAUAAAUCCUACAUCUUCUGCUGUCACCAUAACAACACAGUGUUUAAAUACUGCUGCAAUGAGACAGAAUUCCAAACUGUCAUGCAGAUGAACUUAACGGGGAGUGCAGAUGGAUACAUGCAUAACAACUACAGCGCCCUGCUGGGAGUGUGGAUCUAUGGCUUUUUUGUGGUGAUCCUGCUCAUCCUGGACCUUUUAUAUUACUCCUCCCUGAACUAUGACAUUUGCAAGCUGUACCUGGCGCGGUGGGGGAUCCAGGGCAAGUGGCUGAGCCAGGGCCAGAGCCGAUGGCUGAACCCCGCCCAGGACCCCAGCCAGGCUCAGGCACAGCCUCAGCCAGAGACUCAGCCCCAGCCAGCACAGACAGUGCACACUCUAAAAGGAGAUGCUUUAAGCCCACCCCUGAUGUCUUUUCAGAGUUCAUCUGCCUGGCCCCAUAUUGCAACAGCAUCUAUUUCUCUACGUUCCUAAUUUCAGAUCCACCGGAUGUGGGCUGUUGGAUAUUCCCUAUUUUAGCUGUUUCUGAGCCUUUCCAUUGAACUGGGACUGUCACACUCAGGGAAGUCUUUAAAUGGAUUGUACAGUUGAAGGGAUUUAGCUUAAAUAUGGUAAUGAAUUAUCAGAAAGUAGUAAUUAAGACAAAAGUGAGGAGUUAAAAGGUUGUCUGAAGGCUAAAAGAGCUCUGCCCACUGGGGACUGAAAGCCAGCAGAAUUACUGGAGAGCAGUUCCUGAACUGAACAACUUCCAUAUUUAAAUUUCCUCAGGCAUUUUGAGUAGAGUUUUUUUUUCUGCAGCGAGAUCAUUUGCCUCAUCUACAUCAUCCAAACCCAGAAUAAAACCACUGAAGUCGCAGAAAAUCGGUGUGAAAUCAGAAGGCUCCAAUUAAACCCACAAUUUCUCUGCACAGUGUCACAACAGCAGCACACACAGGAACGAGUGUGACAGCCUGAGUUUUAGCAACCAGUUCCAUCUUCUCUGUCACAACAUUUUAAAAGACUCUGCAGGUGUUUGGGUGGUUACAAAAGUCUUGCCUCUCACAGUGGCUGUAACAGCACGUGCAUGUUUUACACCUCCUAAGUAUGCACUGAAAAAUAAAAUAAGCUCACAGCCACUCCUGAUUUAGAUAUCUGGAUACAAAUAUAACUGAAAAUGAGCAUAAUUGUGUCUGACAUGCUUUUAGCUGGGUCUAGAGUAGCAGAGGUGUAAAGCAGUGAGUAGCUCCCAAACCUUGUAUUAAAUGACAGUCUCAGCUUUAAGUGGCAGGGACCAAAGGUUUUUAUUGCAUGGAUGAAAUUCAACUAAUUGCUUCUAGUUUUUCAGAGGCUAAAUAAGGCAGGUGGACAAGCACGUGACAGGGAGAAUAAACAGCACCAGCCAAAGAUAUUGCCAGUGGGAAUGAAAAUAAAAGGGGAGGUGUUCAGGAGCUGGAGUUCAGGAUCUAAACAGGCAUAACUGCAUUUAUGCAAAGUGACAAGAGUUUGCAUAAAUGCAGCAACAGUUAGUUUCUAAGAAACAAUUUGUUUCUAAGGAACAAAUAAAAGAAAGGACGUUUUCAAAAAAGAAAAAGGACAAAAAAAAGGGGAAAAAGGCAAAAAAAAAGAGAAAAUGAUGGACAGAAAACUGUCCAUCUUCAGUAGUGUACGGCCCAGAGAACUACUCAAAAUACCUUCAAAACAACUAUCUAUGUACACUUGGUGCUUUUAACUGAAGUGAGGAUGAAGAAGAAGAAAAAAAAACAACAAGAGAAGAGUCUCUGAAGUAAAAUCCCAUUGCUUUCAGCUUGGAAAAUCAACUCCCUAUAUUUUGGAUGUCAAGAAACAAAUAAAUCCCUAACUCGAGGAGGAACAAGGAGGUAAUAAAGCUGACCAUUUACAGACACAUUUGUUAUUCUCAUAGGAAUCAUUAAACAAAAAGCCACAUGUAAUAAAUAAUCCUUUUUGAGUAUGCUAAGAUUUCCACAUGAAAUAAUGGCAUACCAUGGGACAGUAAAGAAAUUCAGUGAUGAAAUCA